CUUAACAAUCGACCGACUAUCAAAAUUAGGGAUAUAUAUACAUACACAGAGAGACGCAUACCUUUAUUUCCAUCAUCCAUCGCUUCUUCUCAAAUCUCCUCAAAAGCAAAAAACAAAUCUCCCAAAUCUCUCCUCUUUUUCUCCACAGAGAUGUCGUCGAAGAAGAUUGUGUUGAAGAGCUCCGAUGGCGAGUCUUUCGAGGUUGACGAGGCGGUGGCUCUCGAGUCCCAGACCAUAGCGCACAUGGUUGAAGACGACUGCGUCGACAACGGAGUCCCUCUUCCCAACGUCACGAGCAAGAUCCUUGCCAAGGUGAUCGAGUACUGCAAGAAGCACGUUGAUUCCGCUGCUUCCAAGAGCGAGGCCGUCGAUGGUGCUUCCUCCGACGAAGACCUCAAAGCCUGGGAUACCGAGUUCAUGAAGAUCGAUCAGGCUACCCUCUUCGAACUCAUCCUGGCUGCUAAUUAUCUGAACAUCAAGAACCUUCUUGACCUAACAUGCCAGACAGUGGCUGAUAUGAUCAAAGGCAAAACUCCAGAAGAGAUUCGCACGACCUUCAACAUCAAAAACGACUUCACACCCGAGGAAGAAGAGGAGGUGCGCAGAGAGAAUCAAUGGGCUUUUGAAUGAGCGUUUGUUCGAGGAAGGUGUCGAAUCAAAAGAGCAACCAUUUCUUCUUUAUGUUAUUGUCGUUCGUUUUCAGUGUCUAUUGCCUCUGUUUUUUUUUUGUUUCUUUUGAAAAAUUCAUGAAGACUUGAUCCUCCUCCUCGUGCUUUUUCUUUUUUUCUUUUGACAAUUAUGAACUAAUGUUUGCUCUUUGUUGGAUAUUUGUGCUUUAGUGAUGUUGGUUUGCCUUGCAUA